GUGUACCAGAAUAUGGAGAAAAGUAAUAACACUGUUGUGACUGAAUUCAUCCUUCUGGGAUUCCAGAGCAUUCACUCUGUUGAGAUUCUGAUCUUCAUCACCUUCGUCUUUGUUUAUGCACUGACUCUUGCAGGGAACAUCACAAUCAUUAUACUAGUACUGACCAGCCGCCAGCUGCAAUUGCCCAUGUAUUUUUUCUUAAGUAAUCUCUCAUUCCUGGAGCUCAUGAUCACCUCCACUGUCAUGCCUAAGAUGUUAGUAAACUUGAUCACAGGGAAGAAGACAAUCUCAUUUGUGGGCUGCCUUACCCAGUCAUUCUUCUAUUUCCUCAUGGGCUCAACUGAGUUCUUCAUCCUGGCGGUCAUGUCCUUUGACCGCUAUCUUGCAGUAUGCUACACACUACGCUAUGCAUCCAUAAUGAACAACAAGGCCUGUUUCCAGCUUCUCAUGGGAACAUGGGUUGGUGGUUUCUUGAUCAUUCUUGUUCCCAGCAUUGUGACAGCUGGCUUACCAUUCUGUGGACCAAACCUUGUCAAUCACUUUUUCUGUGACAGUGCCCCCUUGCUCAAACUUGUCUGUGCUGACACAUCACUGGCUGAGCAAGUUGACUUUGGGACAUCUUGUAUACUACUCCUGGGCUCACUUCUUAUAACAGUUGUGUCCUACAUCUACAUUAUUUGUGCUGUCCUGCAAUUACCAACAGCACAAGGUCGGCAGAAGGCAUUUUCAACCUGCGUAUCUCACAUCACAGUGGUCACACUGUAUUAUGGAAGCUCCAUUUUCAUUUAUGUCCGUCCCAGCAAAGGGAAUGUUCUAGAUUUCAACAAAAUGGGAACUGUAUUGAACACAAUGGUGACUCCUAUGCUAAACCCUUUUAUAUAUAGUCUUAGGAAUGAAAAAGUGAAGAAUUCCCUGAGGAGUGUUCUCAAGAAAAGCAUAGGCAUUUUAAAGAAAUGA